AUGGCGCAGGACUGUCGGAAAUGGUUUCAUAACGAGUUAACAGGGAUGGAGGCAGAAAAGCUUCUUAUAGCAAAGGGAGUUCCUGGGAGUUUUUUGGUUCGCCAGAGUCACAGCAGUCCAGGAAAUUUUACAUUAUCUGUCAGGCGACAGGAUUCUUUUGCUCACAUACGCAUUCAAAACACAGGGGACUUUCUAAGCAUCUAUGGUGGUGAAAAAUUCGCAACCCUCACUGAAUUGGUUAACUACUAUCGAGAAAACCGUGGCCAGCUUACGGAAAAAAAUGGGACAAUCAUUGAUUUGUUGUACCCUUUAUUUGUUGAUGAUAUAAUUUGCGAAAGCUCCCGGUGGUUUCAUGGUCAUUUGACCGCGAAUGAGGCUCAGAAUCUGCUUCUCGAGAAAGGAAAGAACGGAAGUUUUCUUGUUCGAGAAUCUGUACGCCAGCCCGGUUCCUACGUCUUAUCCGUUGUUACCGGGGAUUGCGUCUCACACAUCCUCAUAUGCCGCAAGCCCAAUUCUAAGUUCGACAUUGGCGGUGGACCCGAGUUCUCUUCACUAGGUCAACUCAUUGACUACUAUAGCCAGUCACCCAUGAUGGACAAAAAUGGUGGACUCCCGUUCAAUGCUACGCGCCUUAAUGUGUCUACCCUGGAUAAACGCAUCGCGCAGUUAGAGAAGCAAAAGAGUCGAGGCCAGUAUCUGUCAGGUUUUCUGGAGGAGUUUGAAGAACUUCAUCAGGACACACAUGAAGCACCAAGGACGGAGGGAAGUCGCCCCUAUAACCAAUUCCGUAAUCGCUACAAGAACAUCCUCCCCUUCGAUUCCACUCGGGUCGUCCUGCUGGAUGCAAAUCCCGCUGAUCCUGGCUCCGAUUAUAUCAAUGCAAACUACAUCGUACCACCGGUACGCACCUGUUCUGCCUUUUACUUUUAA